UUUAUCACAACAGCUGCUCUCCUGCACCAGCCACCUCUUGGAGGUAGCAUGGCUUUCACAGGCAAAUAUGAAGUGGAAAGUGAGGAGAACUAUGACGCCUUUGUGAAGCAUAUUGGUAUCUCCAGCGAUAUCAUUGAAAAGGGAAGGAAUUUCAAGGUUGUCACAGAAGUGGUACAAAAUGGAGAAGACUUCAUCUGGACCCAGAUCUAUCCAACAGGACACUCCAUGACCAAUAAAUUCACCAUUGGCAAGGAAGCAGACAUGGAGACAAUGGGAGGUAAAAAGUUCAAGGCAACUGUUAAAUUAGAAGGUGGGAAAGUGGUUGCUGAUUUCCCUAACUACCAUCAUACUGCUGAGAUUGCUGGAGGAAAACUACUGGAGAUCUCUACAGCUGGUGGGGUAACCUACAAAAGAAUCAGCAAAAAGCUAGCUUAAGAAAGAGAAUUGAUCUUCCAGCGCACUGAUAAAUAAAUAUAAAGACAAUCAAUAAACCAAUUUUAGAAACUCUAUU